UACUUGUUGGUGUGACCCAUUGAACGACUCGUUUCUUCGACUAUGUUACGUUCUCAGCCUUGUUGCCCGUCUCAUGUAUGACUAUCGCCUUCAUGAUUCAUUCUGUGAGAUAUCUCUUAUAUAUGAAAACCCGCAUGUACUUCAAAUGGUGGCUGUGCCCUUGAACAUGGGUCGCCGGUGCAAAGAAUUUGUUGCUGUCUGUAUCUUGCAGGCCAAAGAUAAUCGCACUCUGCUCUUAGCUUCAUCGGCAUCCUUCAAUAACAUGGCCUCCCAAAGCAUUAUUCCUAUCCCUGCAGACUCACCGUUUUCAUUAGCCAAUAUCCCCUUUGGCAUAUUCUCCACCCAAUCGCAGCCCCACCCCCGUCUUGGUGUAGCUAUCGGGGAACAAAUCCUCGACCUCAAAGUCCUCGCGCUUGAGGGGAUAUUCAUGGAUUGUGAAGUAACGUUUCCGAGUGAUGUCCUCAUGCAUACGACCCUUAAUGCCUUCGCCGCUCUUGGGAGGCCCAUUACAUCCGGCGUACGUGCAUACAUUCAGUCACUCUUGUCCCAAUCCUCUUCUCCCCUACACUCGAGCCCUUCCCUUCUUGAGCGUUGCACUGUAAAGCAAAUAGAAGCGGUGAUGCACCUCCCUUUUGAUAUUGGUGAUUUCACGGAUUUCACGAGUUCUAAGACACAUGCAAAAAAUACGCACUCGGGGCAUGGACAUGAGGGCGUUGAUGCUGACAUGUUCAAUCCUCCUCGUGCAGCCUCAGGUCGCGUAUCUACCAUCCUUCCCUCCGGUAUACCUAUUGUACGACCAGUGGGUCAUCUCCCGACUAGUGCGUCCCCAGAAAGGUCGUAUUCUGGGCCCCUCGAAGACAGAGCCCUCGACGACCUUUCCUCAGACACUCCCGUCGAAUCAAGGACACUCGCUCGAACAACAGGAUUCUCGCUCGCACCCACAAACGAACUUGAUUUCGAGCUCGAACUUGCAUUUUUCAUUAGCGUCCCGACAAAGCACUUUGAACGCGUGCCAGUGGAGAAAACGGAGAAACAUAUAUUUGGAGUUGUGUUGCUGAAUGAUUGGAGUGCGCGAGAUAUACAAAUCCCGGAAACCCUCCCCUUCGGAGCAUUUAACGCAAAGAAUUUUGCAAGCACCAUCAGUCCGUGGGUGGUCACCCUCGAUGCGCUGGAACCGUUCAAGAUUGCACAUGACAUACGGAGGGUUCCAUCGUACCUUGUGGAUAAGGGAGAUGCGACUUAUGAUAUCUCGGUCAGCACGAGGGUGAUUCCAGGUGGAUCGGUAGAAAGGGAGAUGGGGGUGGCGAGAUCGUGCUUGAGGAACUCGUAUUGGACGUUUCGGCAGAUGCUCGCCUUCCAUACACUCUCAGGAUGCCGCAUGCGUACUGGGGAUUUGAUAGGAACGGGGACGUUAUCUGGAGAGGACACAACUUCCCUCUGUUCCCUUGUCGAGCAGCGCAAGCACUUCCCUAACCGAAUGUUCUUACAAGAUAGAGAUGAAGUUGUAUUCACAGCUUGGUGCGGGUCUCCCAAAGGAGGAGUAGGGUUUGGAGAGUGUCGUGGGGUAGUGCUGCCUGCGGGAUUGUAACAUAAAUACACGGCAUGCUGACGAGACAUAAAGCGGCAAGAGACCACCGUUAUCGAUGAUCGUUCAUGGCGAAGGCGAGACACGCAAAGUCAUACAAACUGUUGAAAGGGACCGAGGGGCUCGCAGCCCAGAGAAAGCGAGUAAGGCCCAAGAAGGCUAAGAUGAAGACAUCGGUGAGACUGGAUUUUUUAAUACCACCGAGAAGUGCUGCCCGAGGUACUAUAUCCUUGCUUGAAUUAUAUCCCUUCGGUUUACAAUGCG